AUGUCCAAAUCUCAAGCGAUGUCCGGCAAUAGUCUCGUUUCAGCUGGAGUGAAAGUAGCCCAAUGCUAUAUCUGCCCUUAUUCUAAUGCUUUUCCUGGCGAAACCGCGCUCAUGCAACAUCAACUGGAUAAACAUGGCUUUACAGACAUAGACAACGUCGAAUCAAAGCAAGGCGACGAGGCCAUAAAGUCAUUCAAAUGCGCAGUCUGCGACCAGUCACUCAGACUAGAGUACUCACUGAAGACGCAAAGGGAAGAUCCACGGCACCAAACUCAGCUAUCGAUGACAGAUAUUAAAAAUUGGGAAUCUAAGACGGCCUGGUUGAUAUGUUCCCCUUGCAACAAGUCCUUCGACCAAGAAAUUGCGCUUGACAACCAUAAUAGGAACCGGCAUAGCAUCGAGCCACAGGACAAAUACGAGCAGAAAGGCCAGAAGCUGAAAAAGCUCAAAUGCAAACUGUGCAACAAGUCUUUUACUUACCAGUCUUCACUCUCAGACCAUUAUAGGAAUAAACAUGCUUAUGAGAAGACAGAUGAGUCUCCUACAGAAAGUUCGGCUCAGAACGCGACCCCAAAUGUACCUGGCCAUCCAACGGAUGAGACCACAAAGAGAAAAGAAGAGAAUCCCCCUGCAGCCAAAGUUCACAAAUGCAUACCUUGCAACAGGGGUUUUCGUUCUAGGGCCGCACUUGUACAACAUGAAGACGCCAAGCACCCCAUGGAAAAAACAGAGCGUGCAGAGGUACGUGGUGGUAAUAAAGAGAUUGCAGCUGAGGAGGAGCAUUCGAAGAAAGAGAAACAAGUCCCCACUGGCCCACCUGCACCACGGGGGAAGUGCGAUUUCUGCAGGUCGACCUUUGAUCAUUUCGAUCUGCUCGAACAGCAUGUAAUACGCCAUAACCUCUGGUCGGAUGAUGGACCUGUUACUAUACGCAAGUGUGACUUUUGUCCCAAGACAUUUUACUCCGAUGAAGAGCUUGAAGAGCAUAUAAGAACCACCUAUCGUUUUCCUUCACCGGAUGAAUGGGAGGAUACCGACGGGGAGACUGACGAGGAGAACUGCGAGAAGAGCAAUGAAGACAGCAACGAAGAGAACGAGAGGGAGCAGGAGCCCGUUGAAAAGCCAGGACAGAACUCCGCCGAGAGGCAGGUUGCGGCACUUCCACCACCACCAUUCAAGUGCAGUGACUGCGACGAGGCGUUCUACUUCAACGCUGCACUUGCGGAGCACCAAGACACGUUCGCUCAUGGGCCUAUGGCAACAGGGGAGAAGAAACCGGAGUCGGUUGCAGGACGUCCUGCACCUCAAUUCAAGUGCAUUGAAUGCGAUGAGGUUUUCUUUUUCGUGGCCAUGCGUCUUGAGCAUGAGAAGAAGACCAGACACGGCCCUUCCACAGAAUCGAAAAAGGGGCCAGUCGAGAAGCCUGUUGAGGUGCCAGCUGAGAAGCCUGUUGCGGGACCUCCUCCACCACCUUUCAAGUGUGAGGAUUGCAGCGAGGCGUUUUACUUUGUUGCUAUGCUCACCAAGCACGAAAAGAAGCUCGGCCAUGGCCCUUGCAGAGGAUUAAAGAAGAAGCCAGUCGAGAAGCCAGUCGAGAAGUCGGCUGAAAAGCCAACGACAGAGGCUGAUGCUCCGAUCAAGAAGGUUAUAUCAGGAUACAGAUGCAGGCCCUGA